AUGAACUUACUGGUUUCUUGGCAGCUGCUGCUUUUCCUCUGUGCCACCUCCUUCAGGGAGACAUUUGAAAAUGUGGCACCCAUGGAGAAUCCGAGAUCUGCAGGCCAGCGGCUGGGACCCCAGGCUCUGCUGGCCCCGUGGGAGCAGAGCCCACGGUGCGCGGAGAGGAAGCCCGCCGGAGCUCAGACCAGCAAGCGAGGGGCCUCGCUGUGCAAUCUUCCCGAGAGCCCCGCGGAGCCCCAGCGGCCAGGCCUGUGCGCCCCUCGCAGCCGCAGCCGCCUGAUCCCCGCUCCGCGGGGCGCGGUGCUGGUUCAGCGGGAGAAGGACCUGUCCACCUACAACUGGAACUCCUUCGGCCUGCGCUACGGGAAGCGGCAGACGGCGCCUCCCGGAAACAUCCGCGGAGGUGCUGCGCUUGGCUGA